AUGCCCGAAUGUUCGAUCUUCACUUCUACUAUCAGAAAUCCUCCACGAUAUGAGGCGUUAUCUUAUGUUUGGGGUGACCCAAAAGUCACAAAUGCAAUAAUUGUAAAUGGAGAAACCUUCCAGGUUACGUUAAACUUGAAAAAGACCCUGCGAUAUCUCAGGGAUCUUUUAGAAGUUCGGGUGCUUUGGGUUGAUGCUAUUUGUAUUAAUCAGCGGGAUCCCAUAGAAAGAGGUCAUCAAGUGACUUUUAUGAAGGAUACUUACAGUAGAUGUUGGACAUAUCUGUUAUGGCUAGGACAGGGAAACGUAGUAAUGGAUCUUGGGAUGAGGAUGGUCGACCGCUUAUUAUCCAAACAUAGGGCAGCUGAAGAGCAAUACGAACCUGAGGAUAAUCACACUAUGGUGCAAAGACUGAACGAAGAUAUAAAAAAGGUAGCUGAGGAACUUAUGGAACCGGCACGUAUGGCGGAUGACCACCACUUUUAUUGUCUAAAGGCGGUGUUUCUUUUCGCGGAUUUAUGGGAGAGAGUAUGGAUCAUGCAGGAAAUAGCAUAUGCACCAAACCCUGUCCUGAUUGUGGGACAUUACACACUUCCUUGGAAUUCUUUGGAAAAACUUUUCUUUACCGCGGAUAAAUUUCCGGGCGCCUUCGAUGAGACACUCACUAACAGCUACGAUGUCUCGAUCCCAAGUUGCGAGGUAGUAUUUUCAGUAGUUCAAGCUAUACAACAUCAAAGACUUAUUACGAGGAGCAUCAAAACAGGAAAAGACUCGGAUUUAUUGGAUGUUCUUGCGAGGUUCCAGAAAACUUAUUCGACUGAUCCAAAAGAUAAAUUAUUCGCUCUCCUGGCGCUCACUUCAAACCCCUUGGAAUUGAAACCAGAUUAUUUGGCAGCCAAGAUGACUGUGUUCACAAAGUUUGCUGCAGCUCAUAUUAACCAUGUCCAGAAUCUUGAUAUUCUGUGCCAGAGCCGUUGGAGACAUUACUUCCUCGAAGAAGACAUUACAUAUGCCGUACCAUCGUGGGUUCCUGACCUUGAACAACGCUGGCCCGUCCCCUUAAUCUUUUCCCAAAGAGGAAUAUUCAAAGCUGGGGGGCUAGAAUGCAAUGUUCCUUGUAAUGUGACAGAUAAAGAUCGACUGAUCGUGGAAGGUGUUAACCUAGGCGAAGUCAAUCGAUCGUACACAAUGCAUGGUUGGGAAUUAACUGCAGACUGGAUCCCGGACGAGCUCAAGGUGUCCGAAACAUUAAUGUACACCCCCAGCAUUUUAUCGAGAGCCGAAAAUGGUUUCCAAGCAUUUUGGAGAACUCUUUUGAGCGACUGUGUUCGUUACCCAACGCGUCGUCUUAAUGAAGAUGAAUAUGCAAGCUACGGCUCCGCUUUUGACUCGUGGAAACGGGGAGACAUUACGGCAGAUGAACUGCCAUAUUUUGACCUUAAGGGAGAAUUAGAGCAAAGAGACUUUCUUAUCACAGAGAAUGGCCUUUAUUGCUUGGCGCCAUCACAUGUUCGUAAAAGCGACUUUGUCGUGGUUUUAAAAGGCGCUAAAAUUCCAGUUGUAUUACGUAAGAUCACUGAGAAGUCGAAAGACAAGUCCGAGUAUAUUUUUGCUUGGCCCAGCAUAUGUCCAUGGAUUAAUGGAUGGGGAAGCGAUGAUUUUGGCUGA